UCCACCUUGAAAUUUUAAAUUUUACGAAAAUUCCCCAAAUAAUAUCAACAUAAUGACCACAACGAAAGAUAAACCCGAGGUUGAAUACUCUGAGUGGUCACCGGAAGAUGAAAUUCAGCUGUUUUUCGCCAUGGAUGGUCUUCGACCGGUCGGUAUCAACCGGCAUUUCACAAUCGCGUGCAUUGUCGAACGACUUUCGAAGGCACUGAAUCGGGACGUCAGCAGCGAAUCUGUUUGGUCCUAUCUGAAAACCAUGUACAAUCUGAAGGCAUUGGACGAGCAGGAACAGCAUUCCUAUCCCACUGAGGAAAGUGAUUUCAGUUUACCGGAGGCAGAGUUCUCCACCGUAAUGAAACGGAAAUCGAUCGAAGAACCCAUUAUGGAAGAUAGUAAAAAGGCGGACCAAACCAAAAUUACGGAACCGAUUACGAAGCCUACUAAAGAAAAAGAAACAUCCGAUAAGGAAAAAUCGGUUGAAAAGGAAAAGGAUACCAAAUCAAGCAAAACGAAAAUCGACAAUCAGGACAGCACUCCAAAGCGACCCCAAAAGCGAACCCGAGGAUCCAUGUCGCUUGAGCCGAAUGCUAGCAGUCCCGCCAGUACACCACCGAAUGUACAAAGCAGCAAAAGGCGACGAAUUUAGGGUUUACUGGAUUGUCCGGAUGAUAAGGACAGUGAUCGAAGCUCUGACUACAGCGUAAAAUAGGUAUUCGACAUUGCAGUAAGUUUAGCAUA